UGCACAACAACAGUACAUAUUAACACGGUGCGCGUGCGCAGCAACAGUGACACGCCAAACGCCAUCAAACAUGUACUACACCGUCGCUUUAACUCUGACCGUACUGGCCGCGGGUCAUAUGGCGUCUCCGGUAGCAGAUCCAGACCCUCACCAUACACGUAUAAGAAUCCACGUACCUCAAGAGGUGCAUACUGUUCAUCAUCAUCACAUCCGAACAUAUCCUGUGAUAAAAGAACUGCCUAUCAUAAGAGAGGUUCCAGUAGUGAAGGAAGUACCCAUCAUAAAAACUGUUCCUAUCGUGAAGACACUACCAGUGCCAGUGGUUCACACUGUAGCAGUAGAAAAACCUAUACUUCUACCAUCUCUUGAUUGGCAUUGAGUUCAGUGAUAGCUAAUAAACAUCCUUUAUAUCCAUUGGUUAACAAAAAAUACCAAGAUUCACAAUUAGUUAUUGAAAAACAACAAUAGAAAUAGAGCGCAUUUAAUCCAAGUAUGCGCUCGUUUUUACAAGUCAUUUAUAAGUACUUAAACAUGCUGUAAUUUCUUUAAAACUUUUCUAAAAUUAUAACACCUAGGCGCAGAGUUUUGUAUUACAGUAUGACUCUCCUGGCGACUUUUGUCUUGUUCUACGACUAGUCACUUCUAAGAGUAACUUUCAAAUGUGAUUGUGAAUCUUAGAUAUUUUUUAUAUCAAUGCUUUGUAUAUAAUAGUAUAAUUUUAUCAUAGGAUUAUGUUUUCAAAGUCAUCAAUGAAGGAGACUUAAGCUUCUAUUGAUCUCCUUUGUACUUAUAAUCGCAAAAUCAAUUAUUCAGUUACAACUCGACGUGUUUCGCGUUAAUUUUAUCGCACAACAAACAAAAAUAUAAAUAAGCAACGUCAAUAAUGAAAUAGUUUGAUGUAAUUGUUACCAUCUAUAAUUUUUUGCUCAAUUAUGUCUAACAAUUGACAAGAUAAUAAUACUCUAUACACCAUAUAUUUUAUGCGGAGUCACGAUACAGUAAUUGGGUCACAAUGUAAUACAUCAAACGGUAUUAAAACAUUGCUAGAUUUAUUGAGUUAAUGCGGUACCUUGAAAGUUAUUGAUACUCAACAAUUUAAAAUGCUAAACAAAAAUUUGUCCAUAUACUCCGUUAAUGAAUAAAUAAUUUUCACAUUACUUCGUAAUGUGCUAACAAUACCUAUUUAUUGUUGUCAAAAUUAUUACUUGCUUAGGAUUAUUUAUUAUUAAGAAUUACAGUGAGAUUCUGAACGGCAAUUUGGAAUGUAGUAAGGCACAUAAUUAAGCUGUAUGUAACAAUAUAACCAAAAUACAUAAUUGCAGUGAACACCGCUCAAAAACUCACAAGUAAUCCAUGAUAAUUACUGUGUAAUCCUAAUUGUUUUAUAUGUGAUAGUACACAAUAUAAUGACGUGCAAUAAAUGAAAUUGUGUGUUAUUGAAAUCAAUGUAGAUAUGUUUGCACCUUGAAGAUUAUAUUGUUAAUUCUUAAUUUUGAUGUGUCAAUGUUUCUGACAAUAUCAACAAUUCUUACUCGAAAAUUAUCAAAUUCGUAAAUACGAAUUUCUUGAUAUAAUGACUCUCGUGACAACAUUUUGAUAAUAUGACAAUUAAACUUGGCGACUUUUGAACAAUAAAUAAUUACGUUUAUGUU